CAAGAGAGGGCGAUGGGGCCGGAGCGGUCGGUGUCCUACAUUUCGCUGUUCCGGUUCGCGGAUGCCAAAGAUUUUGUGCUGAUUGCGGCUGGCACGCUCGGCGCCGUCGUCAAUGGCCUCACUUUCCCUGCGAUGCUCAUCAUUCGCGGCCACAUGAUCGACAACUUUGGUACUUUGCCACAGGACGGCGCGAUGAGCACGAAGAUCUCCCAGGUGCGCGGUUUUCUCCCUGUUCUAAGUAGUGCGCUCGCUUUUUCUCCUUUGACUCCACCGGUUUUGGUGACUGGAUCUUGGAUUGUGGAUUGGUUGUUUUGCUGCAGGACGCUCUUCUUUUUGUUUAUAUCGCCAUUGUUGCGUGGAUCGCAUCAUACAUUGACAGAAGUAAGCUGCUGGAUGUUUACUGGCGAGAGGCAAGCGUCGAGGCUGAGAGCACUGUAUCUCAGAUCUGUGCUCCGCCAGAACGUUUCUUUUCUUGACAACGAGCUUUCAGCAACUUACAUUGUCAACUGCGUAUCGGACGAUACGCUCCUGGUGCAAGAGGCAAUUAGCGAGAAGACUGGCAACUUCAUCCGGAACGUUGUCCAGUUUGUGGGAGGAUAUUUGGUUGGAUUUACGCAGUCUUGGAAGCUGGCAAUCGCUAUACUGCCUUUCACGCCGCUGCUCAUUCUGCCAGGGGUGUUUUACGGGAGCGCCAUCUUGAAGUUUGAGAAUGAGAAGCAGGCCACGUACAGUAAAGCAGGGAACAUCGCGGAGCAAACGAUCGCGUGCAUUCGUACUGUGUACUCACUUGUCGCGGAGACCAAGUCCCUUCGAGCUUAUUCUCUUGCACUCGAGAAAACCGUUGCAUCUGGUUUAAAGCAGGGACUUGUCAAGGGGCUGGUACUCGGUUCCAACGGUAUCAGCUUCGUUUUAUGGGCCUUCAUGGCUUGGUUUGGAAGUGUGCUUGUCAUGCACGGCGAAGCUAAUGGUGCUGAGAUUAUCACUACCGGUUUGGCUCUGCUUAACGGAGGAAGAGCUCUUGGUUUUGCCAUGUCCAAUCUUGGCGUUUUUGUUGAAGGACGCAUGGCGGCGUGGAGAAUGUUUCACAUCAUUAGGCGGAUUCCACCUAUCGACGUCGAUAAAUCUGACGGGAAAACAAUGCAAUCUGUUCAAGGGCACAUCAGGCUGGAGGAAGUGGUAUACGGCUAUCAGACGAGAGCUGACACACCCGUUCUUACCAGUUUCACACUGGACAUACCCGCUGGUAAAACCACCGCUUUAGUUGGCAGAAGUGGCUCCGUGAAAAUCUACUGUUAUUUCUCUGCUGGAACGAUUGGUCUUGUGAGCCAAGAGCCCGCGUUGUUUGCGACAACAAUAAGGGAAAACAUAUUAUACGGAAAGGAAGAUGCCAGCGAUGACGAGGUCUACAGAGCUGCUCACGCAGCAAAUGCACAUAGUUUUAUUGUUAGGCUUCUCGAAGGCUACGACACUCUGGUUGGCGAACAAGGACUAAAAAUGUCCGGAGGUGAAAAGCAAAGAAUUGCCUUAGCCAGGGCGAUAAUAAAGGAACCACGUAUCCUUCUGCUGGAUGAGCCUACCAGUGCUUUAGACAUGAAGUCAGAAACAGCAGUUCUGGCUGCUUUAGAGAAGGCAAGGCUUGGACGCACGACGCUUAUAGUCGCGCACAGGAUUUCUACGAUCCGGAACGCAGAUGCAGUUGCUGUUUUAGAGUCGGGAAGGAUAGUAGAGACUGGAAGACACGAAGAGUUAAUGGCAGUGGGGAAGGCGUACAGGGCUCUUGUUUCUUUGGAAACGCCUCACAGUGCUCUGCUAGGCGGAGAAGAUGCGGUGCAUGCAAGUCCUGAGAAUGCACAGUCAUCACAUUCAGCACCAGUUACCGCAGCCCAGAAUGAUCAAGAUUCAGUUCUUUAUCGCUCAAGGCGGAUCAGGCAAUGGUCCUUCCAGCUUUUGAGUUUAGCAACACCGGAAUGGAAGCAGGGAGUGUUGGGACUCGCCGGUGCUCUUGGUUUUGGCGUUGUGCAUCCAAUGUACGCCUUUUUGCUGGGAUGCAUGGUUUCCGUAUACUACCUGAACGAUCACGAAGAGAUGCGGAAACGGAUCAACCUCUACUGCGUCAUCUUUCCUGCGAUGAUGGCUGCGUCCUUUCUCGUGAACCUCGAGCAGCACUGUAACCUGGCAGCUGUUGGCGAGCAUUUGUCAAAGAGGCUGCGUGAGGCGAUGCUGGCGGCGAUCCUGAAGUUCGACGUUGGAUGGUUCGACAGGGAUGAAAACAGCAGCAGUGCAGGUGGCAUGUCAUAUCGCCGUUUUUGUGCUUACAGAUUCGAGCUCUUAUCACCGACCGUAUCUCACUCCUCGUUCAGACGGGUAGCGCAGUAA